CCCGCGUCCCGCGCGCACGUCCGGACCCGGGCACUCCCGCCGCGCCCGAUCCGCCUCCCGGGCCGCGCCCCGCCACUCCCAGAGCUUGGCACCAGGCCUCCAGGAUCAUGUGGUACGUCAGUACUCGGGGGAUGGCCCCACGGGUUGACUUUGAAGGGGCCCUUUUCUCUGGCUAUGCUCCGGAUGGGGGCCUCUACAUGCCCGAGGAGCUCCCUCAGCUGGACAGAGAGACCCUGCGUCAGUGGAGUGUGCUCUCCUACCCCAGCCUGGUGAAGGAGCUGUGUAGCCUCUUCAUUGGGCCCGAGCUCAUUCCAAGAGAUGACUUAAAUGAUCUGAUCGACCGAGCCUUCAGCAGAUUCCGACACAAAGAGGUGGUCCAUCUAUCCAGGUUGAGGAAUGGGCUGAACGUGCUGGAGCUGUGGCAUGGGGUCACCUAUGCGUUUAAGGACCUGUCCCUGUGCUGUGCUGCACGGUUCCUGCAGUACUUCCUGGAGAAGAGGAAGAAGCACAUCACCGUGGUUGUAGGAACUUCUGGGGACACGGGGAGUGCUGCCAUCGAGAGUGUUCAGGGGGCAGAGAACGUGGACCUCAUUGUUCUGCUGCCCAAAGGUCGCUGCACAAAAAUUCAGGAGCUCCAGAUGACGACAGUGCUGAGAGAGAAUGUCCACGUGUUUGGAGUGGAGGGGAACAGCGAUGAGCUGGACGAGCCCAUCAAGGCCAUGUUUGCCGACGUGGCCUUUGUCAAGGAGCACAACCUGAUGAGUCUGAAUUCAGUCAACUGGUCCCGCGUCCUCGUGCAAAUGGCCCACCACUUCUUCGCUUAUUUCCGGUGUGCGCCAGCCUUAGACUUGCACCCACUGCCCCCCGUGGAGGUGGUUGUACCAUCGGGGGCUGCCGGUAACCUCGCAGCUGGGUUCAUCGCUCAGAAGAUGGGCCUGCCCAUCCACCUGGUCGUGGCAGUGAACUACAAUGACAUCAUCCACAGGACCGUCCAGCGGGGAGACUUCUCUCUGUCUGAGGCCGUCAAACCAACCUUGGCAUCAGCUAUGGACAUUCAGGUGCCGUACAACAUGGAGAGGAUCUUCUGGCUGCUAGCUGGCUCUGACAGCCAGGUGACAAGAGCCCUCAUGGAGCAGUUUGAAAGGACCGGAAGUGUGAGUCUACCCAAGGAAUUGCACAGCAAGCUUUCAGAGGCAGUAACGUCUCAGUCAGUGUCAGACGAGGCCAUCAUCCAGACCAUGGGCCGCUGCUGGGAAGAGAACCAGUACUUGCUGUGCCCUCACUCGGCCGUGGCCAUGAGCUACCAUUACCAGCAGGCGGACAGGCGGCAGCCCAGCCCUCCCCGCUCUUGUCUGGCUCCCGCCUCUGCAGCCAAGUUCCCGGAGGCCGUGCUGGCUGCCGGGCUGACCCCGGAGACUCCCGCGGAGAUCCUCGCCCUGGAGCACAAGGAGGCGCGCUGUACCCCGAUGCGGAAGGGUGACGACUGGACGCGGAUGCUUCGGGGCCUGAUUGAGGACCUGAGCCGGCAGCGGCAGGGGCGCUUCCGGAAAGCGCCGGCGUAGCCAGGCUGGAGCUGGCUUCCUUUAGGCUUCGGACCCUGGGAGGUGUCCCCUCUGAGCUGCCUUGCGCACCUUCUCUCCAUGCAGGUGCCUUGCGCACCUUCUCUCCAUGCAGGUGCCUUGCGCACCUUCUCUCCAUGCAGAUGCCUUGCGCACCUUCUCUCCAUGCUUCGGACCCUGGGAGGUGUCCCCUCUGAGCUGCCUUGUGCACCUUCUCUCCAUGCAGGUGCCUUGUGCACCUUCUCUCCAUGCAGGUGCCUUGCGCACCUUCUCUCCAUGCUUCGGACCCUGGGAGGUGUCCCCUCUGAGCUGCCGUGUGCACUUUCUCUCCAUGCAGGUGCCUUGUGCACCUUCUCUCCAUGCUUCGGACCCUGGGAGGUGUCCCCUCUGAGCUGCCUUGUGCACCUUCUCUCCAUGCAGGUGCCUUGCGCACCUUCUCUCCAUGCAGGUGCCUUGCGCACCUUCUCUCCAUGCUUCGGACCCUGGGAGGUGUCCCCUCUGAGCUGCCGUGUGCACCUUCUCUCCAUGCAGGUGCCUUGUGCACCUUCUCUCCAUGCUUCGGACCCUGGGAGGUGUCCCCUCUGAGCUGCCUUGUGCACCUUCUCUCCAUGCAGGUGCCUUGCACACCUUCUCUCCAUGCUUCGGACCCUGGGAGGUGUCCCCUCUGAGCUGCCUUGUGCACCUUCUCUCCAUGCAGGUGCCUUGCGCACCUUCUCUCCAUGCAGGUGCCUUGUGCACCUUCUCUCCAUGCAGGUGCAGGAGUUUCUCAGGGUCUGGAGCCAGCGGGCUGUGCUGUUCCCUGGCUGCUCGGUGCUCUCACCGUGGCUGGCUGGCCAUGCUGGGCCUGGUCACCGGGGGGGCGGGGAGGGAAUCAGGGAUGAUUGCUGGGGGUGCACCCCCAGGGCCAGAAAAUGCAGGAACAUCACUGCUUCCUGUGAAACUCUCAGGGCCUGCAAAUGAAAAGUCUGGGGCUCAGGGGCAACCUUGGCUCCAAGAUUUUGGACCCCCAGAUCCUAAAACCUGUGCAGGUGGGGCCUGCUCCCUCCAUUACCACAGGUCUGGCUCUGAGCCUUCGUUUAUCUGGUCCCCAGGUCAGAUCCAGAGGUCUUGGCCACAGGGCUUCCACCCUGUCAAACGUUGGGCAUCCCUGGAAUAAAAGUGCAGGUCCAGGGUGAUGGUGACUCUGCGUGCCCUGUGGGCAGAGCCCGGUGCCUGUCAGGUGGUGAUGGUUGUGCCAUGGUGUCCCACAUCCAUCUGCUGCCCCAGGUUGGCAGCGGGGCAGGUGGCACAGGAGUUGGGGUUCAAGAUCACCAGAUCCAGGCCAUGUAGGAAAGCAGGGGCCUCAAACUAGGUCAAGUUGCCCUGUUGCUCAUGUACCAGGUUCACCAUCCUUAUUAAACCAAGUCAUGGUCGUAGCAGCGAGAAGCAAUGAUCCCUCUUUAAACACUAAAUAAAGUCCAAACGCCUACAUUUCCAUAGGUACCUCCCUAAUCACGCUGCUCCAGAGAAGUCAAAUUGUUCUUUCCACUGAAGACACGACUCACGCUCUCCCCUCUCCAUGCCUUGGACCCUACACUUGCCUCUGGGAGACUGUCCUUCUUUGAUGAACCUACAAGUCCCAUCUCACAGGCUAUUUGUCUUGGUUCCUGGUACUUGUUUACUGUGUCUUUUUACUCAUCAGCCCAGCUGGAAGUAAGGACUCCUGUUUCCGAACUCUGGCAGAACUCCAACUGUAGCUUUCUUAAGGUGUGUAUUCCCUUCUGCCCUGUUUUAUGGUUAUCCGCUUGAGACAUUAUCUCUCUGUCUCUAAGCUCCUUGAAGAUAGGAACAAUUGUUUAACGCAAGGGCUAAAACUUUUUGGAUUUGCCCCUAUUGAUUAAAAAACUUUUAAUAUGGUCUCCCAACAUACGUGUACUAAAUUAUGUGUAAACUACGUAAACCGUGUGCUAAAAUAGACAUGAAGGAAUAAUAACAACACCUAUAUUUAUCUUUUCUCCCCAUUCUCCGAUGGAUUGCCUGUGGGCCUGUCUUUGGCAGUCCUGGUUGAACACAGUGCCUGGUACAUUCCAGAACCAGCAGGAACCAGGGGCAUAGCUCCCCUGUGAUUGCACAUCUGCCAGAUACUGUGCGAUAACUCUCAAAGUGUGGUCCUUCGGUCUAUCCAAAAUACACUCUCCUGGCCCCUACCCCAGACCUUCAGAGACAAAUCUGUGGGCGUGGGUGAGCCAUCUUCAGUCCUUACAAAUGCCCCAAGUAAGUUUCUGCCCUCUCAUUCGGGAAACCUUGGCCAGAGACUUUAAGUUUAUAAAUAAUUUUCUUCCACAGGGAGAUAGGCUUUGUUUUCACAAGGGCAUGCUUUCUUCCUGCUACUAUUUUCAUGAUCUAACCUGCAUUGUCCAGUUCAGGAGUCACUAACCAUAUGUGACUGUUGAGCCCUUGCAAUGUGAAUAGUCCGACAAAGGAACUGAAUUUUAAAUUUUAUUUAAGUUUAACUUACGUUUAAAUUUCAAAACUAUUACUUGAUUCAGUCAUUGGAAAGCUUUUAGGUAUGAUUGGAAAUAUGCAGGUAUGUGAAUCUACUUUUUCAGCUGUGAAAUUUAUGAAGUACAUAAAAUACAGAUAAGUAUUUCCAAUGAAAAUUCAAUGUUCUGAUUGACAUGUGUCACAAAUGUAAACUACAUAUUGGAUUUCAAAGACUUCCAAUGAAAAAAAUCUAAAAUAUCUCAUUAAUAAUUUUAUAUGGAUGACCUGUUGAAAGGAUGAUAUUUUGAUGUAUUGAGUUAAAUAAAACAUGUUAUCAAAAUU